AUGUUCUACAUAAUGUACCUGACCGGCCUCUGCCAGCGCCGCCACUGGCCCGACCCGCUCUACGAGUGCUAUCGCACCCGCCAUGGCUAUACCUGCACCGUCCGCGUCAACAACCGCGAGUACACAACCGACGCCGAGUACGAGUCGGACGAGCUCGCCCGCAACGCCGCCGCCACCCGCGCCUACAUGAUCUGCCGCAACUUCUCCGUCAACGACGGCAUGUAUCCCGGCCAGCGCCAGGGCCAGGGUGGCGUCAUCCAGGGCCUUCCCGUGGCCAUUGGCACCGGCCGCCGCAGCACCUACUCGUCGUCGUCCAACGACUACGACAGCGGCAGCGGCGGCAGCUCGCCCCGCAGCAGCGACUACGGCCUCGAGACCGAGAGCAGGCGGAGCAGCAAGAGCUCCUCCGGCAGCUGUUACUGCGGCCGCGGCACCUACGACCGGUGCUCGACGUGCUGGCGCUAG